GAAUAUCGAAUAACACUCCAAAAUGAAUCUCAAUCUCAAUCCCUAAAAAAUAAGUCGGUAUUUGAUAAUAACAGAUCGUGAUAAAUUCGGUAUAUACCAAAUAACUAUAAGUUUGGCCCUAAUUUCCAGGUAUAAGUAACCAAAUGUAAAUGGUAAAAGGAAAUUUUUAUUUGCUGGUACGUUUUGUGAAUUGGACUGUAGUCUUAUACCGUUAGUAUACAGACGGAAACAGAAUAAUCGCAGACGCGCCGGGAAUUUGGUAAAGGUUAAGCAUGAAUCUGCAGCCUAUUCUGUUCUAAACUUUGAUUAUUCUGUCUACUGCUAUUUUAUUGUUUCUUCUUAGUUGGUCCGUGGGAAAAUUGAGACCAAUUUGAUUUCUCAACCAUAUUUGAAUUUGAAAGGGCAUAUUCCUUCCAACCAUAAAGCAAAAGGCGAAGGAACAAGGCAUUAGGCAAAGAAGGAGAGAGCUGAAAUUCAUCGACAGACCAAAAAAAGCAAAAAGAAGAAAUAAAACGGGAAGGGGAAAGCUGGAAAACUCUCCAUCUUCCCCACAGCCUGAAGGAGAAAAAAAUUAAAUCCGGUUGUGAUCGCCUGACGACGUGAAGGCAAGCUCCAUCUCCAUUAGCGCAGGAGGUUGAUCGGCGGCCGGUUUUGCCUUCCUGUGCUUCACUUCUGUCCGGCUGUUCCUAACGGUAAAGCCCAAUUCCCGAAACUCUCAAACGUUUUGACAUAAACCCUAGCGAAAAGGCUUCCCCUUUUUAGGAUUUGUGAUGAUUCUCUUGUUUUCUUAUUAGAACCCUUGUUUUCUAUUACGGCGAUCACUAUGCUUUCUGAUCUUGGAUAGAAGGUUUCGAAUUUUAAUUUGGACCCACUACGUGUAUCUCUCGAAUUGACAUGUUAAGCUUGAGAGUGACCUUCAAAAUGUCAAUUUAGGGCCCAGCGUUUCAGCUGCAUAGCACACAUUCCGCCAAAGGUCCUGCCUUUAAUUGGUGGCUGCUGUUAGACUACCAGAAAGUAGUUAAGUCGGAUCAUUUCGUUAUGGUUUCAAUUCAUUCAUGCCUGCAGCAAAUCUAUGAUCAACUUUGGUCGAGCUCGUCUAGUUGUCUCACCUGCACUAGAGUUUGUCAAGCUGCAUGCCGUUAAGGUUUCCUGUACUGUGAUUCAUUUGUUAUGGACGACAAUGAUCCUAUGCAUUGUUUAUUGUGAAUGGAUCAAAAUUCUGGUUGGUCGUCUCCUCGGUAGUUGAACUCUUUUCAUCUUAUCCAAUUUUGUCAAUGCAUUGGUCUCGUGGUGUGUUCUUGAUUGUCUACCCGCAUCUCUGUCUAUCCCUGUCCUCACUUCGUCUCCAGUCUGCUGAUUUUUCUCGUUUUCAAACAACAGUCUUUUGAUUGAGUAAUCGUAUAAUCUGCUGUUUUGAAAUCUAACUUCAUGUUUUUAUCUUUCCUGCAGCUUGACGACAUUCUAAUGAUGCCGGAUGCAUCUCAGGAGUUGGUAAAAAACAGCGAACACACGGGCCACCACAUAAGACAAGAUAGUGAAUAUGUUAGGCUUGUCAUGUCUGAUGAACCAAAUCCAAUUUUACCACAUGUCUCGGAACCUCCAACACCAUCGAAGACCAGGCCUUCCCUGCGUUGGACCAAAAUUCUAGCAUUGUGCAUAGUUAUUGCUAUAGUUGUCUUCGUUUCAAUCAAAUGGGUAUUACCAUUUCUUUUCAAAAAGGUUCUAUACCCAGUGAUGAAAUGGGAAGCAACUGCCUUUGGACGUCCAGUCCUUGCUCUUGUACUUGUUGGUUCUCUGGCAUUGUUCCCUGUUUUCUUAAUUCCUUCUGGUCCUUCAAUGUGGUUGGCUGGUAUGAUUUUUGGAUAUGGCAUUGGAUUUGUCAUAAUCAUUGCUGGAACAACGAUUGGGAUGAUCCUGCCUUUCUUCAUUGGCCUGUUUUUUCGUGACCGUAUCCAUCAAUGGUUAGAGAGAUGGCCCAAGCAAGCUGCCAUGCUGAGACUAGCAGCAGAAGGGAACUGGUUCCAUCAAUUUCGAGUUGUUGCUCUUUUCAGGGUAUCCCCAUUUCCAUACACAAUUUUCAACUAUGCAAUAGUCGUCACAAGCUUAAGAUUUUGGCCCUACAUAUGUGGUUCAGUUGCUGGAAUGAUCCCAGAAGCUUUUCUUUAUAUCUACAGUGGUCGACUAAUCAGGACACUUGCUGAAAUGAAUUAUGGGAAACAUCAUCUCACGCCAGUGGAGAUCGUGUAUAACGUGAUCUCGUUCAUCAUUGCAAUCAUAACUGUCAUAGCUUUUACUUUGUACACAAAAAGAGCUUUGAACAAGCUUGAAAAUGGAGAGGAUACUGCCAGCCCGUUGUCAGCAGCACACGUUAGUUACGAGAUGGGUAAGCUACCACAUGAACAAUCCAAUCAUAUGGUUCUGUCAUCUUUUGUAUCAUGACCCCCAACUAGAUUGGGAAAAAAUUAUCAUUGCCCCUUGUAAAAAGUAUCCCCCUGCAAACUUCUAACCCUAAUUUUGCCUCUUGUUUAGCUAUAACUAAUGUUCCAGUCUCCCUGUUUGUAUUUACAAUCUAGAAAGACAAAAUACACUGCUUGUGAUUUACCCAAGUAGCAGAAGUUCACAAUGGCUGUAAUUCUCUGAUGAAUAACAGACUACUUAUGUUAUUUCGGUGUGGUUACAACAGGAAAUAAAGAUUGAGAAGAAAGCAUUGUAGAUUCU